CCAUGCACUGCGCUGUACCGCCAUCAGGCGAAUUCCACCCUUGCAUGACAUCCCGGUGCCUUGAAUUGAUGUCUCGAAAUCCUUGUUCUGGGCACUUGAUAUCUUCGGAUGUCCGUAUUGCCAACCACAAUUCUUAACAGAUUCUCAUGCUUUAAGCAUCACCAUGCGAAGACAAGACCACCCGAAACCACAGGAUACCCGAGACAAGGAACGAUUGAAGGAAACAAGUUUAUAGCCAAAGGUUGCAUAAACAAGCUGGAUUAAUCCAAAUGCGAGCAGAAACACCCCUGCAGUCCUCUCGCAAAACCAUCAAGAAUCAGCGCAACGAACCUCUUUCUCCUCUACAAAGGCACGAUGUAGCCUCCAACCGGCCGGUAAACAAUCACGGUUCAGGUGCCUGCUCCGUACAAGACCGAAUCCAGCAAUGGCAAGCACAAAGUGCAGCAAAUGCUGUCGACCCAGAUGCGUUAAGCGUCCGCUCUAUACCUAGAUCUGACGUUGCCUCGAUUGUGUCGAGGCCAAAGUCCGAGUAUGGCGAUGAGAACGACUUACGCACAGGCGGACGGACCAAAGACAGGGUUGAAGAGGUUGUACAAACGGAAAGAAGCAAAAGUGCUCCCAGGAAGAGAAUCAUCAGCGACAGUCACUGGAAAGCCAAAUCGGGGGCUAAGAAUCAGAGAGAUACCAAGUCGGCUUCGAGACCACGGCCAGAGUCUGCUCAUUAUGACCUUUCAUACACCACGACUGGUGAACCCCCAAAAGAGCGUCGGCGAUCGCGUCGGCAACAUGAAAAUGCCAUGGAUGGACCGAAAUCACCACUCGACAAUGGCAUCAGGAUCAAACCUGGGCCCGCUGAUGGACGUCCUACUGGUGUAGAGGAUCGUCCACUUAGUCCUGAUGUCAACAGCCUUGCGAAUGGCAAACAUCCGACAAUGGACUCGGUGCUUUCCGAUGAAUCUGACAGGUAUGUUGAGAACUAUGUGGAAGAUGAUGAGCCGACAGGACGUACUCGACCACAAAGCAAGUAUGUCGAAACGCUUGGGAGAGAGUCAGCCGCGACUGCAGAAGCCGAAAGGUCAAAGAUGGGCGGGCUAUUCGGCAAGACCAGAGAUAUGUUUUUAAAACCACAACCGGUACCACCUGUGCACAACAGGAUCCCCAGCAUAGAAGCAUGGCUCGACGAGCAGCCUGAUCCGUUCGUGGAUCAAUGCACUUCAGCCGAGCUUCCACCAGCCGAAGCUCCGAAAUCUUUGAGAAAGGAUCCUCGAAGGCAAGAGAGACAGAGACCGUCGCUUGAUAAAUCUCCUCUUGCAGAUUCCAACCAGAUAUGGGAGUCAAUUGACCGGCGCGACGAGACCCAAUCGCGCCAAACGUCUUACAAUGAAAGCAUACCGCUAACACCGACACUUGGUGACCAGCGGUCUACGCCUAGUCACCGGCGUGAGAGGAGCAAAGAUGCCCAGGAUCAUGAUGACCCAUCGACGCCACUCCGCAGGAGCGGAGCCAGAGUGCGCCGCGGGAGGGAAUCUCCUAGCAAACGAGGGACAUCCGCCGUUGGCCACUCUCCGUCGCCAGAAAUACCCGUCACAGAAUUUUCGACGCUUCAAUUAGGGGAGCAGUUUCCAAGACAAGAGCGUCCGCCAACUGACCCGAAGUCAGCGCCUACCAUUCCCUUUGAAGAAACACAACUUCCUCCCCACGAAACCUCUAGUGGCAGCGGUGGCCUCCAGCGCAGACUCACAACGCAUGAGGAGCUGAUGUCUAUCAUAUCUCAGCCAAGGGCUCACAGGAGCCGUCGGUCUCGUCGACGCCCAAGGAGUACGCGAGUGGCUCAGGACUCGAACGGUGCACGAGAAGUGCUUGCGGCCUUGGUGGCAGACGAAGAGAAAUAUGGGCAGGAGCUGAGAACCUUGGUUGAUGGUGUUAUACCGGUCCUGCUCCAGAGUGUUCUCUCAAAGACGGAUUCAGCUGCUGCAGCAGGUCUGUUCACCUCCGCCUCUAGUGUCCAAGACGAUGUCAGCGUCACCAAGCCAAUCAUUGAAAUGGGGAUUGCCUUGGAAAGACUGAAGAGUUUGCAUGCCCGUAUCCCCCUCCAACAGGUGGAUAGCCUUCUCAAUUGGGCGCAGACAGCGCAGAAAGCCUACAAGGAGUACUUCCAAGCUUGGAGACUCGGUUUUCAGGACGUCAUUGUCAACCUUGCACCACUUGACGAUGCCAGUCCAGCUCCGCAAAGCAUGGCGAAGGACGAAGCGGGUGACCUGAUCGACAACGACGGCAGAAAGGUUGAUGUCGCCUAUUUGCUGAAGAGGCCUCUGGUUAGAGUCAAAAAUCUGAGCAAGUCAUUCGACCAGAUAAGAGACCACUGUGACAGACCACUUGCCACAAAAGCAGCGGAUGCCUUCACAGAACUCACAGCUGUGGCGAAACGUCGUCACCGAGAGGAACAGGCUCGUCUAGAAGACGAAGCAGCGGCGAAUAUUGACACUAGCAGGACUCGUGACAUUCGGACAAUGGCACCAACUGCUGGAGUCGUCCUCGACAAGUCCCGUCGGGUCAAUGCCAGAGACUUUUUCAACCUCACUUUGUACCAUACCAGCGGACAGCGAAUGGACUGUGGUAUAGAAUUAAUCUUCCGGGAUAACGCUCCAGGGAAUGAUCCGGGUGGUGAUGUACUCAUUUGUGAAGUCGAUGACACCGGCAAAUGGCUUCUCUUUCCACCGGUCCUACUGAGCUCGAUAUCGGCAAGGCGCGGCGAGGCUGAGUUUGAUCUUGUGAUCAUGGUGCGCGGCCGCGCUGGGCUCGGUCAGGGAUGGCAGGAGCUGCUGGCGCUAAAGACCGAGGACAAAGAAGCCUCGACUGAGUGGAUGAACAUGCUUGGUUCAAACCCAUUACCGCCCAGGCUCAACCGUACCCCUAGUCUCAAAUCACCCCAAUUGCCAAGCGCGGGAGAAACACGUCCUGAUAAAGGUGAUUCAGGUACACAAGGUCAGAAGCAGGAUCAGUUGAGGAAUGACCAAGGACCUGCGCGGCAAGAUGUUGACAUACCUAUUGGAGAGCCCUCUGUGAUUUUGAGGAGAAGCGACGUGAAUCCCCGUUUAGAUAGCGCAAAGCCUUUGAUCGACAGGCCUGUGCCGUCACAACUGAACCUGGGAGGUGGUCUAGCAUCAAAGCCGGAGGCACAUUAUCAGACACAGUCCACAGUCACGAUCAAGAGACGGCCAGUUCCAUCCACCAAGUCGUCCGACAGGUCGACUCUCUCAGACCAAUCGAUCAGACAAACAUCCACCACGGCUUCAUCAUCGUUAAGACUUGUGACGGACAAGGCCGGUCCGACACAGAGGAGAUCAGCUCCUCUGUCGCCAAGAUCUCCUCCUCAACAACCGCUUUUCCCGGCACGUUCACCAGAAGGAAUUCUGCCUGGCAAUCGUGAGAGCCGCGACAACGAACAAAACCGUAUCAAAACUGGUACUGAGUCCCCAGGCUUGGGCAUUCCUAUCUUCUCGACACCGACUAGCUCUCCAAAAGAUCAUAGCCUGACGGCGACUCCGGAGACUCAGUACAAGGCUUAUAGUCCUUGGAGUACGGAGCCGAUUCCACCAUCCUCAGUCACCAAGGACUCGCAAUCGCAACGACCGAUAUAUCACCGAGCACUUUCCUCUACCCCAUCACAGAAUCUCCCCACCGUGGCCAGAAUUCGGCCGUCGCCACACAAAGCGUCGGACAUGGGUGACGUCCAAUCGAUCUCAGCAGCAUUCAGUGAAAAAGGUAGAUCACCUCGCGAGAAAGAGACGCGGACCCCGAGGUCCACGAGAGACGGAAAACCGCCACAAGCUGCAGCACCUCAGUCACCACAAACUUUACCGACGAGUCCCACCAUAGCUUCUAAUGCAUCGCCUCCCCAAACUCCGCCGCACAGCAGGUCCCGCACGUUGCGCCCUCGAAACAAAACUCCAGAUCUGGGCGCAACACCAGAGAGAUCCUCGAGGAGGAGGACAUCAUCACCACUGAAGCACGAAUAUGCGCCUUCGACUAGUUCUGGUACCCCUGAAGACUAUGACACGGACGGUUUCAGCGAUUCCUCGUCAGAUACCUCUGAAGAUUUUGACAAUGAGGGCGAGGACAAAGUCACUCCUCUCGUCGCGGUAGCUGCUGGUGACCGCCGACCCUCAAAGCAAUCAUAUCCGCCGUCCUCGAUGCCGUCGACGGGAACCAGAACAUUAGCGCCAUCAGAUUCGGCUUCACAAGGACCUUAUCGGAGAGUACCGUCUUCUAAUACAGUGCCAGAGCACAAAAGACGGAAGGCCAUUGCUACAGUUUCUGCGUGGUCCAACACAGGGAAGUGGGACGACAUACACCAGGACGAAUGUUCUAUUGUCGUCUCCCCAGGUUUGGUCGAGGUUUUCGAAAUGUCCGCAGCUCAUUCAAAUCCUCAAGGGUCACCCGGCGGCCGGCUCCCGACCGAAGACACCUCCCGAAACUCAUCCAUUUCUGAUCAACCGUUAGUGGCCUUCGAAUUGACCCCACUGGUCUUACUCCGUCAAGGCGCUGCCUGUGACAUCCAGAUUCGUUCCCCAUCGACUCCCAACUCCAGAAUCCAGACAACCAGUCACGUCAUGUUCCGUUCCCGAAACGUGGAAGAGUGCAAGGCCUUGUAUACCAUGAUCAAUUGGGCCCGUUGCAACAACCCCACAUACAUUGAGUUGGAACGUGCUCGAGCUCGUCAGCCGACCGCAACAUUCAACGUCAAACAGGAAGAACAAAAGACUGGCGGGCGAUCAGCAUCGUGGUUCAACUUUGGGAGCCCCAAGAAAGCAAGUUACCGUGCUUCCUCUGCACCGAUACCAGCUUCUGUGGAGAUGGAUAUGUCGGUCGAAAGUUCCGGGACUAUGGCCAAUGCUUUUUCCGCCCUGAGGAUAUUCAGUGCUAAGCCGGCUUUCAAUCUCAAUCGAUCUUCAGUGCUCCGCAAACCGGGCGGCGGCACAGGAGCAAGUCUCUAUUCCUCAAGCAGUGGUGGAACGGGGCCUAGGUCUGGCUCAAGCACUCCAGUGCCAAGUCAACUUGGCUUCGUUCCAGGAAAAGAUGGACCGAAUGUUCCUUCCACGAGCGCUGACGCUGCAAAUGGAGGCGGCAUGAUCAAUAACAUGAAAAUACGAUUGUACCAGAGAAAAGGACAGCACUGGGAGGACAUGGGCGCUGCACGCAUGAGCGUCCUGCCAGCCCCUGUCGCAGCCACAGAAGAUGGUACUACACCGCCGACCACACCUACUCAGAGUCGAGGACGAGUCUAUAGCGAACCGAUCGGCCAACCAGGCCAAGCUCGUGGACCGCGUCUCGCAAGUUCAGGUCAUACGCCGCAUCGGAUUCAUGGCAAUGGUCGCGAAAAGCGCAUCCUCAUCGUCAGGAACAAGACUCCCGAUAUUGUUCUCUUAGACGCCGUGCUUGGCGAGAGCUGUUUCGAACGGAUCAUGCAGACUAGUAUCGCAGUCAGUGUCUGGAAGGCGGCUGAGGAGAUCGGUCAUACUGGUGGUGUUACUAUGGGCAGGGAUACCAAGUACAUGUUGGUGUUCAAGUCGAACAGGGAGGCCGGUUGGGUCUUUGGGCUAUGUGGGACUUAUCGGUAUGGUCACAGCCAGGCAGUUGAUGGCUAGGCAUCCAUACAGUUUGGGUUCGGGAGUAUUUGGAUAGAAGUGGGCAUAGGGGGCUUUUUGUUUGUGUGUUGAUAUGUGUCUGUUGAGUUAGAGAUGAUACCCGGAAUUACAUUUUCUUGUUCAGUAUCUAAAGCAUGACGUCCACAUUUAAGGUGAGAAGAAAAGAGAGAU